CACGUUUAUAAUGUCAGUUGAAUCACGACCUCUUUUAUCCGUGAUUGAAUGACAAACGUUUACACCAAUUGGCAUAGAGAAGUGGCUGUCAUCAUGUUCUUUCUCCACUAGGCGAAGGAGGGGAAACGUCUGUAGAUACGCAGCUCGACUACUCACAUUUCAAUGAGCCGAACAGUAUUUUGAAGGACUCGAGCUCACUGAGAAACGCACGUUUAACUAAACUGCUCGACACUCCAGCAUGCAGCGAUGGCUGCGUGUUUACCAGGCGCACUCGUAAUCCAGCGGACAGCUGUUGGUUAUUUCUGAGCAGCUGGACUCUGGGUUUUAAUGCUCGGUUGGACACGCGGAGUCCCCAGAGUGAUUGUCGGGGAAGCCCUCAUCCCUCAUCCUCACACUGAGCCGAGCAGGCACACAAUGCCCUCCUCCCCCUCCUCCUCCUCCUCCGCGCUCACGGAUUCUGCUGAUGCUGAUCCUCUCCGUUUACUCGCCAGCGGACUGCUCACAGCAUCUCGGUGAACGAUGAUCGCAUUACAGAUCGGGCUCGGUAGUCUUGCCCUUUUUUUCUUCGGAGGUGCAGAAGAAGCAGAAUCAGAGCGGAUGCUUGGCAAGGAUAACAGUCGCAGCCUACACACAGAAAGCUCUGAGCACCGAGCAUCGGCUAGGCACACAUCUCUAUCAUCCUCCUCCUCCUCCUCCUCCUCCUCAAUAUCAUCAUCAGUAUUACUAGAGCAAGAGAGACACGACUGAACUUCCGAUGAUGUAUUUAACAAAAAGGUUUGGUAUGCGUGUGGUCAUCCCCAUCUGGAACAACUAGGAUCUUCAAUUUAGGAGAAGUUUUUUAUUUUAUUUAUUAUUUUAUUAUUAUUAUUAUUAAUUUAUUUGUUUAUUUUAUUUUUGUGGGGAGGAAGUCUGGUCCCUGUCCACUGCGGUCUUCAUCAUGAGCCACCCACAGCCAUCUCAGCCGUCCGCAGCACCUGACCUGGAAGUGAUCUCCCAGCAGGUGGAGGAUGAAGGCCAGUGCAUGGCUCCAGUGCAACUGGUCAGCUUUGCUUACCGAGAUCUCCCUCUGGCCGCACUCGACAUCUCACUGGCUGGCUCUCAGCUUAUCUCCAACCUGGAUGAAGAGGAGAAUAGAGAAGGGUCCUUGCAGUUAGGCCUAUUCAGACCCUACUACAAGACAAACCAUCCAAAAAAUCAAGAGGAACAACAUACUAAGCAAUUCAUACCCAGAUCAUCGAUACUGACUUUUACAUGGUCUAACUGGCUAAAGCCAUGUUGUGGGAGGAGGGCAGCUCUUUGGCAGGUGUGUUUGCUGAGUGCAGGUUUUAACUGUUUGCUGGUGGCGUGUGUUGUUCUGGUGGUGGUGCUGCUGACUCUGGAGCUGCUCAUCGACACCCGGCUUCUACAGUUUACCAACGCGUCCCAGUUUGCUGGCAUUAUUCACUGGAUCAGCCUGGUCAUUCUCUCCAUUUUCUUCACUGAGACUGUCUUCAGGAUUGUGGUGCUGGGGAUAUGGGAUUACAUAGAGAACAAAGUUGAGGUGUUUGAUGGUGCUGUGAUCGUGCUCUCUUUGGCCCCAAUGGUUGCCUCCACCGUUGCUAAUGGACCCAGCAGCCCAUGGGAUGCCAUUAGCCUCAUCAUCACCCUUCGCAUAUGGAGGGUCAAGAGAAUUAUUGAUGCGUACGUGCUGCAGGUGAAGGUGGAGAUGGAGAUGGAGCUUCAGCAGUAUGAGAAGGCUAAAGCCGUGCGGGAGGAGCAGCUAGAGAGGCUCACACAGAUCUGUCAAGAGCAGGCGUUUGAGAUCAGGCAGUUGCGGGCUCACCUAGCUCAGCAGGACCUGGAUCUAGUUGCAGAGCGAGAGGCUGCUAUGCAGAUCCACCACGUAUGGGGAAAGCAGAGCAGCAGCUUUCAGGAAGUGGAUGGACUCAGACCUGCAGCCUCCGACACUGAGGGCAGAGGCAAGAGGAGAGAGCCAGGAGCUCCUACAGAAAAUAUCACUCAAGAUGACAUGAACAAUUACAUCAGCCAGUAUUACAGCGAGCCAAGUAGUGAUAUUGGGAUUCCAGAGCCAGGUGCACGCAUUAUAACGACUGCAGCCAUAGAUGUGCACUUGCCCACUAACCCAUGCCAGUUGCCUCCAUCUCUGGUGAGCACUGAAGGACCAGGCAGCUCAGUGAGUGAGGCUCCCAGCAGCACAGUGUCCCGCUCCAGCUGCAGCUUCUCGGCACGUCAGCACAGCGUCAGCAGCCAUACAUUGGCCUCCAGUAGCGAGUGCAGCUCCACCGUACGUGAGGCCUCCACCUCUGACUACAGCGCCCAGCACUGCUGCCCACCGCCUUACUGCAGCCCACUGACGCUGGGCACACAGGGAGGAGGGCACAACCCCAGCGCUGUGGUCCAGGAGCUUCUCUCAUCCCUGUCUGAAGACUCGUGUCUGGCCCAGAAGGGCAGAGUGAACCCCCUUAACCUGAAGCUCCCCAGUCCAGCUGGCUCAGCUAAGGCCAGCCCCGAGCUGGAGCACAGGGUCAAAAUUUACAAUAAGAGGAACCAAGAGAGUCUGGCUGUGUUCCAAACCAAGCCGUUGAUCCACCUGCAGGGAAAUGAGCCAUUGCUAGACGAGAAGUACAGACUCAUGGGGCCUGCAGAUGCUCCGAUGACUCACAUGCCGGAUACGUAGGGUAUGGAGUGCACCGGCAUGGCCACCAUCACCAGCUGAAGCAGCUUCCCUCCCCCGUCCUCUCUCUCUCUCUCUCUCUCUCUCUCUCUCUCUCUCUCAGCCAGCACUGUUCACGCUGACUCCCAGGCUUCUUGCUCUCUAGAAGUGCACACUGAGCGACACACUAAAGGACUUUGCUCUCAGUUGCCUUCUCCAGAGGGGUUUCCCAACUUCAUGGUGAGGAAUUGUUGGCACAUGUCCUCCCCUUUCUAUUGAACUCAGCAAAACACUUAAACAGUGUGUGUGUGUGUCCCUCCUGCCAAAAUUGCACAACCUUCCAGAGCCCAGGGAGAGGCACUUUGGGAGCCAUCACUGGAACAUUCAUCAGGAAUUUCCUACUUCAACGUUCGUCCGUGUUCGGUGACCGUCUGAAACCAGCAAUGGGAUACAAAUGCACUCGAGCUUUCAGACAGGCACGUAGUAUAGAAAUGAGGCGGGAAUACUUGUGAUUCUUUGUGCUCUUAUUUCAGGGUUUGGUUUAGGUGAUGGGUCAACGAGGUAACUGUUUUUAUUCGUUUUAUUUAUAUGAAUAAUAACACAAUGUACAGUACAGGCCUACUGAUCCGACUGCUGCAGGGUUACAUUUGAUCUGUGUUCAAAUGUGUCGAGCUGUGUUACUCAGCCAAAUUUCUUACCUUCGCCUUUCUUACUGAUGCUAACGUUUGUAUUCAAAAUUCUAUGACUGGAACAAAGCACGCAACUCAAGUAUUUUUAAAAACCUGCUUAGAUUUAAUUUGAUGGGGGGGGAAAAAAAAAUUCAGGAAUAUAAUUUUAGUAGGUUUUUAUGAGGAAUGAUGGGUAAGAAUGUUGUCUUAAGCCCUAACAUUAACCCCAUCCUUAUAGCAUGAGCCUUUGAGAAUAAAAUUUCUGCUUUUUGAUUGAGGCUGACUAAUCCUGUAUUGUUGAUUAAGGCAUUUUAUAUAACUGAUAAUGGGAGAAAUUGUAAAGCAAAUAAAAGUUGGUAAAUUCAUUGAAUCUGGUGGUUUUCUGCAUUUGUUUAAGCGUGGUCAUGUGGAGUAUAUAAAUAUUACAGCUAUUCUGGAAAUGUAAAAAGGGAAAAGAAGAGAAGACUGUGACUAACUGUUUUGCAAAACAGAUUUUUUUAUUUAAAUGAUUUAUUACAAACUGUAAGUCCAGACCAGACAACUAAAUGUGAAAUUAGCUUACUUUGUCUAAGUGCACUGAAAUGAAAGAGCAUGUCCAUUAAUGAAAGCAAUUGAAACCUGCUUUAAAAUUAUGUAUCACGUUUUUCUUUCAUGAAGCGGCCUUUAAAUAAAAAUCAAACUAAAAAUGGACUGAUGAGAGUUGAUAUUUAUUACUUGACAUAGAUGGCAAGUGUGUGUGUAUAGAUGUUACACACUGAGCCAAAGGCCAAAACAUAAUGCUAUUGGCAAAUUAGAUCGGACAUCAUUAAUAUACUGACCACAUUAUGAUGUUAUUAGAUACAGUAGCAUGAAAUGUAGACUCCUGAAAACGUUACAUAAAUAAAGAAAGGUCUGAGG